UUGCUAGUACAGUACAGGAAGAGGACACUGACAGACAAAAUAAUUUGGCACAGAAAGCCGGUCACUUCUGAGGAAUUAUUUAAGCAAAGCAGCGUUCCCAUGGCUGUUACAGGAAUGAAACUUUCAAGUGUGUGCUGUCUACUGCUAUAUUUAAUCGCUUUUGUCCUCGCAGGACGAGACUUUUAUAAGAUAUUGGGUGUGAGCAAGUCUGCAUCUGUCAAAGACAUAAAGAAAGCCUACAGAAAACUUGCUCUGCAGCUUCAUCCAGACAGAAAUCAAGAUGACCCCGACGCUCAAGACAAAUUCGCCGACCUCGGUGCUGCUUAUGAGGUACUGUCAGAUGAAGAGAAGAGGAAACAGUAUGAUGCGUAUGGAGAAGAGGGGCUGAAGGAGGGCCAUCACGGUUCCCAUGGAGAUAUCUUCUCCAGUUUCUUUGGUGAUUUCGGGUUCAUGUUUGGAGGACAAAGGGGCCAACAGGACCGCAAUAUUCCAAGGGGCAAUGACGUCAUUCUAGACCUCGAGGUUACCCUUGAAGAGGUGUAUUCUGGGAACUUUGUGGAGGUUGUACGGAAUAAGCCGGUCGCCAAAGAGGCUCCGGGGAAGAGGAAGUGCAACUGUCGUCAGGAGAUGAGGACCACUCAGUUGGGCCCUGGACGCUUCCAGAUGACACAGGAAGUGGUCUGUGACGAGUGUCCCAAUAUUAAGCUUGUGAAUGAGGAGAGGACACUGGAGGUAGAGAUUGAACAAGGAGUACGAGAUGAAAUGGAGUACCCUUUCAUCGGCGAAGGAGAACCACACAUUGAUGGAGAGCCUGGAGAUCUGCGUUUCCGUGUCAGGGUGCUGAAGCACCCAGUGUUCGAGCGAAGAGGCGAUGACCUGUACACCAAUGUCACAAUCUCUCUCGUGGAAGCGCUGGUUGGUUUCGAGAUGGACAUCACACACCUGGAUGGUCAUAAAGUCCACAUUGUCAGAGACAAGAUCACAAAGCCUGGUGCCCGCCUCUGGAAGAAAGGAGAAGGCCUCCCCAACUACGACAACAUCAACGUCCGUGGCUCUCUCAUCGUAACGUUUGACGUGGAGUUUCCAAAGGAGCAGCUUGAUGACAAUCAGAAAGAAGGAUUGAAACACCUGUUGAAACAAGCAUCUUAUCAGAAGGUCUACAAUGGACUUCAGGGAUACUGACACAUCUGCUGACAGUAUCUGGACUGAUCUUGACUUCUCUUCCCACUGCACACAUACACACAUGAACAUGCACAUACAUGCAUACAUCAACGAUUCACACAUACAUCCAAAUACACAGAGGAGGAAGUGUUGGGAGUGUAUUUAUUACUUUUAGUUGGGUCUCAGGAUGGAAUAACUUAAUGUGUCGUUUUAAUUUUUUGUGUCCGAAUGUUUUUUUAUGUUUCUUUUUGUUUUGUUUUCUUAUGACUCGUUUGAAAUUCAUAUUUUUGUUUUCGUUACAUGCCCCAAAAUAUGUUGUAUUGUCCCAAACACGUUUCCUUUACACCACUCAAGCAUCGUUAGCAAAUGGUUCACAAAUACAAAAUCAUUUUGUAAAUACUGAAUGCAAGUUCCACCAAGAUGUUUUUAAAGGUAUGUAUUUCUAAAAGCCUUCAAUACUUUCACCCAGUGAAGGAUUGUGCGAAGAAACAUGGAUUCUCUGCGUGUGUGAUUUUUUUUUUGGAACCGACAAUUUUGUAUGAAGACAUCAAGUUUUCUCCUUUUUUUUUUGAAUGUAGUUAUUUGUUUUGGAGUGAAAGUACACACACACACACACACACACACACACACGUUUGUGUUGGUAUAUUUCCACUUCACAUUCAAUGUUUCUUUUCCCUCAAAUUUUCACUCUGAUCUUGUGGAGUUAUUUUGUUUUGACCCAACUAAGACGUUUGCUGCUCCUUGGUGGCGUUGAGUGAAGGAGACAGACCUCAGAAGAUGUACAAUAUCAACCUCAUAGAUGAUGAUCAUCAUCAUCAUCACCCCUCUGUUUUUCUCAUCACCUCCAAAAGACUCCAUGCUGUGCAUCCUGACUAGUAGAGGCAUGCUCGUGCACUCUAAAGAAAAUGGACCUUAGCGAAAGGGAAUCCUUCAACACGGAUCAACACCUACGUCAACAUUUUUCUGUUGUUUUGUUUGUUUGUUUUUGUUUUGUUCCAAAUGAAUAUUUUAGUGGGAUGGGUGAGGUGAUUUUCACAUGCGAUUCGAUUAAAAGUUUGUAGUAACUUUGAAAUGUUGACUUGCUGGGUUUGA